AUGACUCAUUCAUCCGAAACGACCCUUGCGCCUGUGGACGUGCUCAUCGUCGGUGGCGGUCCAAUUGGCUGUCUCCUAGGCUUGCAGCUCGCCAAAUUCGGUUGUCAACCUCUGGUGAUCGAAAAAGAUGACAAGGCGUCAGCACCAAUAUACGGGAGGGCGACUACGUUAUGGCCCAGAUCGCUUGAGAUGUAUGAUCAAUUAGGUGUGCUGGACCCCUUGCUGGAAGUAGGAGUGAUUUCUAGAACAGGCUAUAAUUUCCGCGAUGGAGUUGCUGCACCUGGUGGGCUAGUCUUUGGCUAUGGUAUGAAUAAACAUGGUGAUACUGCAUGUAAUUUUGCCCUUCACCUUAGACAACGUUUGACCGAAAGAGCUUUUGAGAAGGUACUCGAAAAUCACAAGUACCCUGUAUUACAUCAACAUGAACUCAUAAGCUUUUCUGACGAUGGCACUGAGGAAUAUCCCAUGAUCUGCCGUGUAAAGAAUGUGGUAGAUGGGCGAGUGUAUACCGUUAGAUGCAAAUAUCUCGUAGGUGCAGAUGGAGGAAAGUCUUUGGUGCGCAAAACUGCUGGUAUCGUAUUCAAGGGAGAAAGAUCAUCAUCGAAAUGGAUCAGGAUGGAUGCACUAGUCAAGACCAACAUGCCAAGUCCCAGGACUCUCAAUUCAGUGCAGAGUGACACGCAUGGACUUGUCCUCUUUUGUCCUAUCGAUGAUGGGAAGACUCGAAUUGGCUAUGUAUUCAAUGAUGAUCUCAAGAAAAAGUAUGGGGAGGAAAACAUAACAGCAGAAGUGGCCAUGCAGGAAGCGCAAAAGGCGCUGGCUCCGUUUUCCCUCGACUUUGUAUCACUAGAUUGGUUCACUAUUUACGGUAUAGGCCAAUGUUUCGCUGAGAAAUUCGUUCAAGAUCGAGUCAUUCUGGUUGGUGACGCCUGUCAUACGCAUUCUUCUGGAUCAGCUCAAGGGCUGAAUACCGGAACUCACGAUGCUGUCAACCUCGCUUGGAAACUGGCCCUCGUGCUUAAAAAUCUAGGUAAAGCUGAGGUUCUCCUUGAUUCAUACAACGAGGAAAGAAGAUCAAGUGUCCAACAAGUGAUCGACAAUGAUUCUGUGAUCGCCACCCUGAUUUCUGGUCACUUGCCUCCGCGGUUCCAAGGUCGAACGGAAAACCCAAGAGAUUUACUUACAGAAUGGUUUGACAAUGCUCAGGUGCAAGCAUUUACACUCGGCUUAGGGGUCGCAUAUGAUACUGUGAAAACCCCGAUAUCUCGGCUAACAGACGGUCCACCCUUGGCGACUGUUCGAGCCGGACAACGGGGUCCUGACGCAACAAUCACUCGAAUGGGAACAUACGAAUCUACCAGACUUCAUCGGGUCUUGCAUAACCAAGGAAAGUUCCACAUAGUAGUUUUUGCUGGUCAGCCAUCACUCACUCAACGAGGUUUGACAAAUUUCCAUACUGAAACAGCAUCACUCGACAAAGCAUUCAAGCAUAGUGGGAGUGAGCUAUUCACUUACACGACAAUCAGCGCUGCGUCGGGCAUUGGUGCCGCUGAAAGUCUGGGUCAACAGCCUUGGGGAAUGACAUGGUUUGACAGUACUGGUGCCGCUCACAAUGCCUAUGGAAUAGAUACAGCGACAGGUGCUGCGGUGAUCCUAAGGCCAGAUGGCUAUAUCGGUACUGUGAUUGGGUUACAAGAACGUGGAUCUCUGGUUGAGUAUUUCAGGGGAUUUACGAUGUGUUAA